AUGGUGCUGAAGAAGGGGAAGGUGGAGGACAAGUUCCGGUUUAACAUCACAGGCACAGCCAUCCCAACUAUCUCAGAGAAGCCAGUCAAGAGCUUGGAGCAAGUUGAGAUCCUAAAUCGGAGGGUCAGCAACCACCUCCGGAGAUGGCUGGGACUACCUAAGAGCCUGAGUAGCAUUGCACCCCACGGGAACAGCAACAAACUGCAGUUGCUCUUCAAAUCCUUGGAGGAGGAAUUUAAGGUAACUAGAGCCAGAGAAGUGGUUCAGUAUAGGGACUCAAGUGAUCCAAAGGUGGCCAAAGCAGGGAUCCAAGUGAGGACUGGCAAAGGAAGCAGUUCAAGAGGCAGAUGCAAGGCUGCAACACAGGAGCCUGCAGAGACACAAGCAUGCCCACUGUGCUCCGAGCGAGGAACCCUGGAACACAUCCUCAGUUGCUGUACAAAGGCACUUAGAGAUGGAAGGUACAGGUGGAGGCAUGACCCAGUCCGGAAGACCGUCGCUGAAGCCGUUAGCGCAGGACUGGCAUGGGAAAGACAGUUCCACCCCUCCAAGAAAACCAUCGCCUUUGUCAGUGCUGGGGACACGCCAACUCCUGCCAGAAGAAUAUCAGCAGGCAUCCUGACGUCUGCAAGAGACUGGCAUUUGUUGGUGGACCUUGAAAACCAGCUGAAGUUCCCCAGCCAUAUCACAGUCACCACCCUGCGACCAGACAUUGUCCUUGUGUCUGAGCCCACCAAACAAGCUGUGCUGCUGGAGCUGACAGUCCCGUGGGAAGAUCGCCUGGAAGAGCCUUCGCGAGGAAGCUCUCCAAGUAUGCAGGACUGGUCAGUGACUGUCAAUAGGCUGGUUGGAGAGCAAGGUGUUUCCCUGUGGAAGUUGGAUGCAGAGGAAUUGCAGCCCGUCCUUCGUCAGAGCCUACAGCAGUUUGGGCAUCGAUGGAGAGAGAAAGAGGAGAGCCAUCCGCAGUACCACCGAAGCGGCGGAAACGGCCUCGAGAUGGUUGUGGCUCAAAAGAGGAGAUCCUUGGAGUCAUGUGAUGAACCCACCCUGGCAGAGGUUAAGGAAGUUGUGAAAGCUGCAAGAUCUGGUUCGGUUCCCGGCCCCAGCGGUGUACCCUACAAGGUCUACAAGCAGUGUCCACGGCUCCUCAAGCGUCUGUGGAAGAUCUUGAAGGUGAUUUGGCGGAGAGGGAAAGUCUCUGCCCAGUGGAGAUACGCGGAAGGCGUCUGGAUCCCGAAGGAAGAGAACUCCAGCAACAUCGAGCAGUUUCGUAUAAUCUCGCUGCUCAGCGUUGAGAGCAAGAUUUUCUUUAAGAUCCUGUCCCAACGACUUACCGAGUUCCUCUUGAAGAACGCCUACAUAGACACCUCUGUGAAGAAGGGGGGAGUACCUGGAGUGCCUGGGUGCCUGGAGCAUACAGGAGUGGUGACACAGUUGAUCCGGGAGGCAAGGGAGAGCAAAGGAGAUUUGGCAACUCUCUGGCUUGACUUAACCAACGCCUACGGAUCUAUCCCGCACAAACUUGUUGAAAUAGCUCUGACAAGACACCAUGUUCCUGGGAAAAUCUGCAACCUCAUCAUGGACUACUACAACAACUUCGAAGCAAGAGUCUCCUCAAGCCAAGUAACAUCUGCCUGGCACCGCCUGGAGAAGGGCAUAAUCACUGGUUGUACAAUCUCAGUGUCACUCUUCUCCUUGGCAAUGAACAUGAUUGUCAAGUCUGCGGAGGUUGAAUGCAGAGGGCCAAAAUCAAGAUCUGGGACCCGGCAGCCCCCCAUAAGAGCUUUUAUGGAUGACUUGACAGUGAUGACCACAUCUGUGCCUGGGUGCAGGUGGCUCCUCCAGGGGCUUGAACGGCUCAUCACAUGGGCAAAGAUGAGCUUCAAGCCAGCAAAGUCCAGGUCUCUGGUCCUAAAGAAAGGUAAAGUGGCCGACCAUUUCCGCUUUACUGUUGGAGGCUACUUGAUUCCAACGGUGACCGAAAGACCUGUCAAGAGCCUGGGCAAGAUCUUUGAUAGCUCCCUGAAGGACGCAGUGGCUUUGCAGCAGACAAAGAGCGACCUGACCUCAUGGCUCACAGCCAUCGACAAAUCUGGUCUCCCAGGAAAGUUUAAAGCCUGGAUGUACCAACACGGAGUCUUGCCUAGAAUACUCUGGCCUCUUUUAAUCUACGAGGUACCAAUGACAACGGUUGAGGUACUAGAGAAGACCAUCAGCCAGUUCCUAAGGAGAUGGCUGGGGCUCCCUCGGUCCUUAAGCAGCAUUGCUCUUUAUGGCCAUUCCACCAAGCUGCAGCUCCCUCUCAGGGGACUGUCGGAGGAAUUCAAGGUCACCCGCUCCAGAGAGGUAAUGAUGUACAGGGACUCCGCAGAUGUCAAGGUAGCCUCGGCAGGAAUCGUUGUUAAGACCGGGAGGAAAUGGCAGGCACAAGAAGCCGUAAGCAGAGCAGAGGCGCGGCUGAGGCACAAAACCUUGUUGGGUACUGUGGCAAGGGGGAGGGCAGGCCUCGGCAGCUUUCCAAAGCCACGUUGGGACCGGGCCCGUGGCAAGGAGAAGCGCCAACUGGUCCAAGAGGAGAUCCGUGCAGAGGUGGAGGAAGAACGUUGCUGCCGGAUGGUCAGCAUGUCCAAACAAGGGGCGUGGACAAGGUGGGAGCAUGCAGAACCUCGAAAACUCACCUGGGCAGAGCUCUGGAGAGCUGAACCUCUGCGCACAAAAUUCCUCAUACAGUCUGUGUACGAUGUCCUCCCAUGCCCCGCCAACCUGCACAUCUGGGGCCUAGCAGACACUCCGGAGUGCAAACUGUGCCAGAGGAGGGGCACCUUGGAGCACAUCCUGAGCUGUUGCCCAAAGGCACUAGGGGAGGGGCGGUAUCGCUGGCGCCACGACCAAGUUUUAAAAGCCCUGGCGGAUUCUAUCUGCGCAGCGAUACAAAACAGCAAGUCCCAGGCUGCCCCGAAGCAGUCAAUCACCUUCAUCAGAGCAGGACAGAAGGCAAGCUGUCAGCCCAACUUCUCAGGAGGGCUCCUGGCCACCGCUCGUGACUGGCAGCUCCAUGUUGACCUGGGAAGGCAACUCAAGUUCCCGGCCAAUAUCGCUACCACGUCACUCCGCCCAGACAUGGUGUUAACAUCGGAGUCAACCAAGCAAGUGGUGCUACUGGAGCUGACUGUCCCCUGGGAGGAGCGAAUUGACGAAGCAAAUGAGCGUAAGAGGGCCAAAUACGCUGAGCUCACUGUAGAGUGUCGGAGUAACGGCUGGAGAGCCCGCUGUGAACCAGUCGAAAUUGGGUGCAGGGGUUUUGCUGGUCACUCACUACAGCGUGUGUUCAGAAUCCUUGGCAUUAGAGGACUGCAGUCGAGAAAAGCCACCAAGAACAUCCUAGAGGCCGCAGAAAAGGCCUCCCGGUGGCUGUGGAUCCGUAGGGGGGAUCCGUGGUGCGCUACUUGGACACAGGCCGGGGUCUGAUCACCCCCGGCUGGGUCGCCCGGGCGAGGGUGUCUGAUGAUUAAAGACCCGAAACACCCUAUGACCCCGGGUUUAUCACUGAUGACGUGUCCAAGCAUCACCGUGAGGUGUAUUCAAGU